AUGGCAUUCUACUUCCAGCCUCCAAUCUUUGGGAGCUACCUCGUCCCAGUAGCCCCAGCAGGUAUCCCUUCCAUUCUGGUCUCCUUUCCUCAAACAACUUACACGCCUCUACACUGGCAACCUGCUCCAGUAAUUGUCCCGACACCGCAGUAUGUUCUCACUUCAAACGUCAGGAUCAAGGUCAUAUUCCACCGAGCAGGAACAGUCCUAGCCUCCAAUGAUGCUUAUUACAACUACACACCAACUCGCGAAACAGUUUUGGCGAAUCUGUCCUGGUGGUCUAAGCAGCACAAUCUUGGAGACAGAGUCUACUCAGGCCAGUGUACCCUGUACACCACGCGUAGUCAAUACUCGAAGCUUGAAAUCGUUCCCGAAACUGGUCCUAUAACACCAGCAGACAAUGUACGAAAGGUGUCAUUCGCGGACCAGAUAACCCCCAACGAUUUCCAGUCGAUCAUGUCCCAAAUAGCUACAAAUAGCUAUGGUGCAUUCAUUCUGGUCGACCGUGCUUAUGUGCCUCUUCAAGUUCUAGCCCAGGGGAACACGCAGAGCGCCCCCUCAGGCCAAGCUUCAAGUGAUGUUACGAAUAACAACUCGAAGGACUUGACUAAUGCCCCUCAGACCACUCCCCCUAGCACUCGUCAGCCUUCGCCUAUGCCGUCAAGCUCUCACAAGGGGCCGGUCGACUCAAACGACAAGCAACCCGACAAGACAGGAAAUGCCAAUGAUGAGGGUAAAAAGACGCCUGAACCGGUGAAUACUGCGCCAGGCUCGCCGAAAAGAGACCUUAAUGAAAAGAGUGAUGCAAAUGUUGACGGGACCGAACCUGAGCAGUCAGCUACAGAUGAGUGA